ACGUGUUACUCAACAUUACUACUAUUUUGAAAGUCAUAAGCGGAAGCGCUAUUCGUUGCUCGACUAUUGAGAUUGGUUGGACUCAUCGAUAACUGAGGUAAAAUGGGGAACUGCCACACCGUUGGACCGAACGAGGCCCUUGUGGUUUCAGGUGGUUGCUGUGGCUCUGAUCAGAAGACGUAUAUUGUGGGAGGCUGGGCUUGGGCCUGGUGGCUCAUCUCUGACAUCCAGAGGAUAACGCUUGAGAUUAUGACCCUGCAGCCCAAGUGUGAUGAUGUAGAGACAGCGGAGGGUGUAGCUAUUACUGUCACUGGGGUGGCUCAGGUGAAGGUGAUGACCGAGAAUGAACUGCUGGGUUACGCCUGCGAGCAGUUCCUGGGGAAGUCAGUCGUGGAGAUCAAGAGUGUCAUCCUGCAGACCCUUGAGGGUCACCUGCGCGCCAUCCUUGGCACCCUAACCGUUGAGCAGAUUUACCAAGACCGAGACCGAUUUGCCACUCUGGUGCGAGAGGUGGCAUCACCUGACGUCGGCCGCAUGGGCAUCGAGAUCCUCAGCUUCACCAUCAAGGAUGUAUAUGAUAAAGUGGAGUACCUGAGCUCACUGGGCAAAACGCAGACCGCUGCAGUACAGAGGGAUGCAGACAUCGGAGUGGCAGAGGCAGAGAGAGACGCUGGCAUCAGGGAAGCGGAGUGUAAGAGAGAAAUGAUGGAUGUUAAGUUCUUGUCUGACACAAAAAUGGCUGACUCCAAACGAGAGCUGGAAAUGCAGAAAGCUUCCUUUAAUCAGGAAGUGAACACAAAGAAAGCAGAGGCUCAGCUGGCGUACGAGCUGCAGGCGGCCAAAGAGCAGCAGAAGAUCUGCCUGGAGGAGAUCGAGAUCGAGGUGGUGCAGAGGAAGAAGCAGAUCACUAUUGAGGAGAAGGAGAUCGACCGCACUGAGAAGGAGCUGGUGGCCACCGUGAAGAGGCCUGCCGAGGCCGAAGCCUACAGGAUGCAGCAGCUGGCUGAGGGCCAGAAGAUAAAGACGGUGCUGACGGCGCAGGCGGCGGCCGACAAAAUCCGCCUGAUCGGUGAGGCAGAGGCCUCGUCCAUUAAAGCGGUGGGGAAGGCCGAGGCUGAGAAGAUGAGGCUGAAAGCUGAGGCCUACCAGCAGUACGGCGAGGCUGCCAAGACAGCUCUGGUCCUGGAGGCUCUGCCCUUGAUUGCCAGUAAGGUGGCUGCACCCCUGUCCAGGACCGGAGAGAUCGUCAUGCUGAGUGGAGACGGCAGCCGCGUGUCUGGAGAGGUGAACCGUCUAUUAGCUGAACUCCCUGUGUCCGUCAACGCCCUCACCGGGGUGGAUCUGACUAAGAUCCCUCUGUUCCAGAAGAUGGUCAGCCCACAGUGCCAAGCAACUGUCUGAUGAACCAGGCCAGAGACUCUAAAUCCUUCAACAUUUAUCUGCCUCAAGCAUGAAAAGAGUUUUUUUCAGCCUCUGGCCCCUUAUGCAACUGCCUUUGACCAGAAACACUUGACACCAAACAAGAGUUUUUUUUUUAAUAUUUUUAAGAGGUUUUUAAUUUUCUAAGGGAAAAAACAAGCUGGGGCCUUACUUCUAAAGGACCAUACUAUAUCUUCUGUUGGAUUUAGUUUUAGACACAUUGAUCCUUAUCACACUGCACUAGUUAGCCAGGAUUAUAUGCUGCCAUCCUGUCCAGUCCUAUAAAUCAGUCAGAGUUGGUCCACUUUGAAUCUGGUGGUGUUAAAAUGUAUUGUAGAAGGAAAAACACCUUAGUCUUCAAUAGCUGGAGCUGGAAAGAGUCCAAAAAAACUAAGGCCAAAUCUGAAUAUUGUUCUCUGCUCCAGAGCUGUUAAAGUGUCUGCCUCAAAUUUGGGGUGCACCACUUCCCUGUCAGGUGUUCUGGCCUUUAUUCCCCUUGGGGGGAGAGUGUCCAGCCUCUUCCUCUUCAUCCUCCAACAGAGCCCAGUUAGUGAAGUAACUUGCAGUAGACUGAGCCCGGUGUGAAAUGGGCAGCUUUUAUUUCCUCGUUGCUUUUAAAACUCUUUAUUAUUAUUUUUUUUACAGAUGAAUUAACUCUUAACUCAGAGAACAUUUUUAUGGAUUACCGAACUGAAGGCUGACCAGAUCUUAACCCACUGUGAUUGUAAAAGUUACACUAUAUUACAAUAUCAGUAAUAUUUGAAUCACUUGUAUGAUAAUUCUUACCUCGCGGUAUACUGUCAUGUUGCCUGUCUUCUCGUUCUGAUGUGCAGUGCCUGUUUACCACUCAAGUGCCCAAACCUUAGGACGGUUGUUUUGGCUUUAGUUGGAUUUAUGUAUAGAGUAUAUCACUGUGUUUAUAGAUGGAUGAUUUUUUUAGUAUUGUUCCCUGUUCUCAUAACAUCUGCUUAUACUAACAACGGUGUUUACGCUUCACUUUUGUCGCGCGCACAGGCAGAUAUAAAACGCUAAGCAAACGCAUAACAUAAAGCCAUACUCGGAGGAGAUUAGCCUUAAAAGAUACCCUGAAUAUUUCUUUAUUACUCGAGUAGCAGUCAGUGUCUGAGCUUUGAUUCAUUUUGGUUCCUCCUCCUGAGAUGAACUGUUAUAGUCCUCCUCAUACGCAGAUGUGGUUACGUGUUUCUGGGAUAUCGUUUUGUUAACGUUCACUUUUGCCGACUGUAUACACAUUUUGUAAAUCAGCCCUUUUUUUUUGAGUCAGCCCUCACCUCUGCGGGUUGGAAGUUGCCACUGUGUUGCUUAUCUGCCCACACCCAAUCUGUGAUGACAAAGCAAGUUUAGUGUUCCAAUCAGUCGGCCCGUGCUUCAUUAAGUUGGAAGAUAAGAACGUGAUCACGUUGUAAACACUGAGCGUGGUGUUUGUGUGAGGGCUCCUAAGUUUGGUAAAUGUAAUGUUGAGCUGUUGGACCAAUGACUUUUUCUGCUGCAGCAUGUAAAUCAAAGAGAAGGAUACACUCUUCUUUUGCCUUCUUUUUUUCUUAUUUGUUGCUCUUGUUGAUUUAGGUUAAUCUAAUUGAUACGUGUUAACUGUUACAAUCGUUUAAGCGUUGAAAGCCAGAUGACAAAUGAUCAUAGUGAUGGUUUCUGUUGCAUCAUCACUUGUGGCAAGAAGACCCAGUGUUGAAACAAGUUUCAACCUGCAGAUGGCAGUAUCAACACAUAGAUCCAACCCAUGUUGAGUUAGUGAAUGAGCCACAUCAUCCAACCAAGUCACAUCAUGAAA